AUGGAGUUGAAAAGUAAGCUUUGUUUGGUUGUCUUGGUUUUCUCUGUUUUGCUUGCUGUGAGUAGUGGUCUGGAUUACAAGGAGAGAGACCCUGGGCUGAGGCAGUGCAUGCACCAGUGCCAACACCAGGAAGGAUAUGAUGAGCAACAGAAGCAAAUCUGCGAGCAGCGAUGCGAUGACUACAUCAAGCAGAAGAGGCAGGAGGAGAGGCAGCGGAGGAGAGGAGGAGGUGAUACUAGUUUUGUUAGAUAUGAUGAGAAUAUGGAGCAGUAUCAGGGGGGACAGCAACAUCAACAAUUUGACCAGAAUCCCUACUUGUUUGAAGAUCAGGAUUUCGACACCAUAGUCGAAACAGAUCAAGGCCGAGUUCAGAUACUUCAGAAGUUUACUGAGAAGUCUGAUCUUCUGCGCGGCAUCGCGAAUUUUAGGAUUGGUGCUCUCAUCACCAAACCUCACUCUUUUGUUGCUCCACACCAUUUUGAUGCUGACUGUGUUUUCUUCGUCUUCCACGGGCGACCAACCAUUUCUAUGGUGAGAGGGGACAAGAGAGAGAGCCAUAACCUUGAACGUGGUGAUAUACUCAGGGUUCCAGCCGGUACCCCUGUUUAUAUUAUCAACAGAGAUGAGAAUGAGAAGCUGUUUGUUGUGAAACUCCUCCACCCAGUCAACCUUCCAGAUCAGUUUGAGGCAUUUUAUGAGGGAGGUGGUGAAAAUCCACAAUCAUUUUUCAAAGCUUUCAGUCCAGAGGUACUUGAAGCGGCUUUCAAGACUGAAAGAGAUGAGCUGCGGAGGCUGUUUGGGCAGCAGAGGCAAGGCAGCAUCAUGAAGGCUUCCAGAGAGCAAAUCGAGAAGAUGAGCCACAGUUCUCGUAGCAGUGAAGGACUUUGGCCUUUCCAUGGUGAUCAACCAUCAACACCAUUUUCAACAUCAUCGAAAUCCGGCCCAUUCAAUCUCCUCAGAAAGCGGCCUUCUCAGUCAAACCGACAUGGACGUCUCUUUGAAGCUGAUUCCAGUGACUACAAGCAGCUUGAGGAGCUCGACCUCCAAAUCUCUUUCGCUAACAUUACUCGAGGAUCUAUGAUUGCUCCAUUCUUCAACUCCAGAGCCACCAAGAUUUCUUUUGUUUUGGAUGGUGAGGGCUUUUUCGAGAUGGCCUGCCCCCACCUUGCUUCCCAAGAAAGCUCCCAAGGAGGUUCCCAACGUCAGCAGAGGAGCAGCAGCCCAAGCUACCAGAAUGUAAGAGGAGACCUGAGACGUGGUACUGUUUUUAUUGUGCCGGCUGGCCAUCCGGCAACUGCGAUUGCCUCUAGGAACAAUAACCUACAAAUACUCUGCUUUGAGGUGAAUGCGAAAGACAAUGUGAGGCUCCCUCUGACAGGAAAGAAGAAUGUGGUGAGUCAGUUUGAGAGGGAAGCAAAGGAGUUGGCUUUCGGUGUUCCGGGGAGAGAGGUGGACCGUAUCUUUAACAAGCAAGACGGCGAGUUUUUCCUGGAGGGACCGAACAAUCAGCAGCAGGGUCGUAUAAGGUCAGUCGUUUAGUCAUAAGCAGAGGUUUCACGAGGAUCGUGUUAAAAAAAAAGGGCUAAUAAUAAGUGACUGGUGCAGCUUUGAGGUUGCUACUACUGGUAUGUAUAUUACAGUACUCGGUUCGAUGACUCGAGAGAGAUGAGAAUGUAAAUAUGUCCGUCUUCCAAUGUAACUAUAGGGUUUAAGCACCCUUAAAUAAGUGAAUGAACCUUGUUUAAGCU